GGCCGGCCGGGACGGCGCCUGCCGCCGGGGGCUGCGGGGAGCGACCCCCCUCUGUCCGUCCCGUCUGGCCCGUCCCGAACCGUCCCGAACCGGCGGGGAGACUUUGCCGAGGGCGCCCGGCAGGGGGCCCGGGGACAGGGGUCUUCAAGAUGAACACUACAGCAAUUAGCCCACUCACUGUUACUCCACUAGGUUUUAUUCCAGACCUAAAAAACGCCACCCUUGUGCCUUUCAAUGAGACUGCAUGUGAAAACUGGAAAGAGAUUCAUCAUCUUGUUUUCCAUGUGGCAAAUAUUUGUUUUGCGGUUGGACUAGUUAUUCCAACUACUCUGAAUCUUCAUAUGAUUUUUCUGCGAGGCCUGCUCACCAUAGGAUGUGCAUUGUUCAUCAUUUGGGCUACACUCUACCGUUGUGCCUUGGACAUAAUGAUCUGGAAUUCUGUGUUUUUGGUUGUCAACCUUUUACAUUUCAUAUACCUAGUGUAUAAGAGAAGACCGAUCAAGAUAGAGAAGGAGCUCAGUAGCCUCUACAAGAGAAUGUUUGAACCACUCCAUGUGCCUCCAGAGCUGUUCCAGAGAUUAACUGGGCAAUUUUGCAACAUUCAAACUUUAAAGACAGGUCAAGCUUAUGCUGCAGAGGAUAAAACAUCAGUUGAUGAUAGGCUGAGCAUCCUGCUGAAGGGGAAAAUGAAGGUCUCUUAUCGGGGGCAUUUUCUGCAUAAUAUUUACCCCUGUGCCUUUAUAGAUUCACCUGAAUUUCGAUCAACUCAGAUGAACCGGGGUGAGAAAUUCCAGGUCACCAUUAUCGCAGAUGAUAAUUGCAAGUUCCUGUGCUGGUCCAGAGAAAGGCUGACUUAUUUUCUGGAAUCUGAACCAUUUCUUUAUGAGAUCUUUAAGUAUCUUAUUGGCAAAGAUAUUACAAAUAAACUGUAUUCAUUGAAUGACCCAACCUUAAAUGACAAGGCCUCAAAAAAGAUUGAUCGUCAGCCUAGUCUUUGCUCACAGCUAUCUGUGAUGCAGAUGAGAAACAGUAUGGCCAGUACCAGCGACAGUGAGGAUGGCUUGCAGAUGUUUCUUCGUGGGACUUCCUCUGCAUCCUCUCUACGAAAUAACCAACAAGAGUUCUGUAAUGCUUACGGAGUGGGUCGUUUGCAGCAUGAUGCUUUGUGUUGAUAACAUCACAUUAACUCAGCAAGCAUCCUCAAAAAGGCCCAGGCCGGACAUCUCCCUACCUGAGAACUUCGGCAAAGAUGAAGCCAAUAGAAGAAAGUGUUGAAGAUGACGUCUUUGAAGCACCAUCGGCUGAUAAGCUUGAAGUCCAGCGGCUGCCUUAAACAGAUCUGUCUUCGGAUGUGCAAGAGCUUGUACAAAGCUCCAGAGCAAGAGGAAGAAGCUUAAAUGGGAAGGAGUCUGGAAGCUAAAAACAUCUUCCCAC